AAGCUCUUUGGGAGUGGGGAUCCCCUCAGGAAUGAAAGACAAGUUACAGCCAGGGAGAGUCAGAAGAGAAGGAGUGGCUGUCCUCUUCUACUUUUUUUCCUCUCUGCGUUUUGCAGCAGCACCCUUGAACAGUCCGCAGGCUCCUUAUUUGGGGUUAGGGGCGCCCAGGGGAAAGGAAGCUGGGGCCGCCUGGCGGCAUUCCUCGCCAUAGUGUGGGCUCCGUCUGCCGCGGGGCCCGCAGUACCCCCUGUCUGCGCCAGCACCUGUUGGCCCGCCAGCUGGCGGCCCGCGCCCCCCACACCCCCCGCGCCCCCCGCGCCCGCCCGGCCGCCCGCCCCGCGCCCCUCGCGCCUCCCGCUGGGGGAAAGUGGAGACGGGGAGGGGACAAGCGCUUUCCUCCGGGCCAGCCAGGCCUUCCCUGAGCAGCUCCUGCUUAGCGGCCACUACUACUCAGCCCUGCGUCCUGCCCUGCCUUAGGGCAGGCAUCCAAGCGCUCGGGACUCCGAGCCGCCCUAGCUCUCCCGGCUUCCUGCAGCACUUCGCCGGUACCCGAGGGAACUUCGGUGGCCACCGACUGCAGCAAGGAAGCGGCUCCGCGGUGGAUCCGGGCCAUCCUCGAGUCGCCCCCGCGGCCUCCUUGCCCGCCCGGGACCCGCGCGGCACUCGCAGGGCACGGUCCCCUCCCCCCAGGUGGGGGUGGGGCGCCGCCGACCGCUCUGAUCCGCAGCUUUGUCAUUGAUCCCAAGGUGCUCGCCUCGCUGCCGACCUGGCUUCCAGUCUGGCUCGGCGGGACCCCGAGUCCUCGCCUGUGUCCUGUCCCCCAAACUGACAGGUGCUCCCUGCGAGUCGCCACGACUCAUCGCCGCUCCUCCGCGUCCCCACCCCCUCUUUCCUCCCUCGCCUCCCCCCACCCCCAGCACUUCGGCACAGCUCAGGAUUUGUUUAAACCUUGGGAAACUGGUUCAGGUCCAGGUUUUGCUUUGAUCCUUUUCAAAAACUGGAGACACAGAAGAGGGCUCUAGGAAAAACUUUUGGAUGGGAUUAUGUGGAAACUACCCUGCGAUUCUCCGCUGCCAGAGCCGGCCAGGCGCUUCCACCGCAGCGCAGCCUUUCCCCGGCUGGGCUGAGCCUUGGAGUCGUCGCUUCCCCAGUGCCCGCCGUGAGUGAGCCCUCGCCCCAGUCAGCCAAAUGCUCCUCCUCGGCCUCCUCCUGCUGACAUCUGCCCUGGCCGGCCAGAGAACGGGGACUCGGGCUGAGUCCAACCUGAGCAGCAAAUUGCAGCUCUCCAGCAACAAGGAGCAGAACGGAGUGCAAGAUCCCCGGCAUGAGAGAGUUGUCACUAUAUCUGGUAAUGGGAGCAUCCACAGCCCGAAGUUUCCUCAUACCUAUCCAAGAAAUACGGUGCUGGUAUGGAGAUUAGUUGCAGUAGAUGAAAAUGUGCGGAUCCAGCUGACAUUUGAUGAGAGAUUUGGGCUGGAAGACCCAGAAGAUGAUCUAUGCAAGUAUGAUUUUGUAGAAGUUGAGGAGCCCAGUGAUGGAAGUGUUUUAGGACGCUGGUGUGGUUCUGGGACUGUGCCAGGAAAGCAGACUUCUAAAGGAAAUCAUAUCAGGAUAAGAUUUGUAUCUGAUGAGUAUUUUCCAUCUGAACCUGGAUUCUGCAUCCACUACAGUAUUAUCAUGCCACCGCAAGUCACAGAAACCACAAGUCCAUCAGUGUUGCCCCCUUCAGCUUUGUCAUUGGACCUGCUCAAUAAUGCUGUGACUGCCUUCAGUACCUUGGAAGAACUGAUUCGGUUCCUCGAACCAGAUCGAUGGCAGGUGGACUUGGACAGCCUCUACAAGCCAACAUGGCCGCUUUUGGGCAAAGCUUUCCUGUAUGGGAAAAAAAGCAAAGUGGUAAAUCUGAAUCUUCUCAAAGAAGAGGUAAAACUCUACAGCUGCACACCCCGGAACUUCUCAGUAUCCAUACGGGAAGAACUAAAGAGGACAGAUACCAUAUUCUGGCCAGGUUGUCUCCUGGUCAAGCGCUGCGGAGGAAAUUGUGCCUGUUGUCUCCAUAAUUGCAAUGAAUGUCAAUGUGUCCCACGUAAAGUUACAAAAAAGUACCAUGAGGUCCUUCAGUUGAGACCAAAAAUUGGAGUCAAGGGAUUACAUAAGUCUCUCACUGAUGUGGCCCUGGAGCACCAUGAGGAAUGUGACUGUGUGUGUAGAGGAAACACAGGAGGGUAACUGCACCCUCCACAGCAGCACAUGUCUGCACUGGCAUUCUGUGUCCCCCACCAGCAUCCCCCAUCCCCACCAGCGUUGGCCGCAGGGCUCUCAGCUGCUGAUGCUGGUUAUUGUAAAGAUCUCACUCGUCACCAUCCACAAUCCCAGCCUUCCCCUGCAGGACUUAAAGUGUCUUCUGAAGGACCCAAGGCACCAAGAAGAGUCAGUCACACAGCACUGCCCUUUAGAGGAAGUCCAAACAAUGGUCUUCUGACUGCAGAAACAAAUGAAAUGAAUGUAGAUCGCUAGCAAGCUCCAGAGUGACAGCCUUCCUUUUCCACGGACAGCGUGCUAUAGCUUAGUUGUCGUGAUAUGGGCAAGCGAAGUCAGCACAAGAAAAUGGUGAAAAACGCACACUUGAUUCUGAACAAUGCAGAAAAACUUGGAUGUUCCCCCAUGUUUGCAUAUAUUGAUUUCUACAAACUCAUAGCUUUUAGAGAGCAGCUAUGUUGCUAUGAAUUAAAUAUGCCAUGCUGACAGGAAAGACUGAAUUUUUCCAUGCUUGGCAACUUCUCUGCCGUUUGGAAGAAGAGAGGUACGAUCAUGGUUUGCAGGAAGCACACCUGCACAAAGGAGUGGCCUUCCCUUUCCUUCCCUCUGAGGUGGUUUCCGUGUUUCAUUGUGUACAUUUUUAUAUUCUCUUUUUGACAUUAUAACUGUUGCCUUUUCUAAUCUUGUUAAAUAUUUCUAUUUUUACCAAAGGUAUUUAAUAUUCUUUUUUUAUGACAACCUAGAUCAAUUAUUUUUAGCUUGACAAAUUUUUUUCUAAACAGAAUUGUUAUAGCCAGAAGAACGAAGAUGAUUGAUUUAAAAAAAUCUUGUUGCUCUGACAAAAACAUAUGUAUUUCUUUCUUGUAUGGUGCUAGAGAUUAGAGUCAUCCGUAUUUGAAAAGAUGGAAUGGGGAGAAUUUUAGAAUUGGUAUGUUGCAGGGACAUUUUGAUAACAGCUGAAUCAACAUCAAUUCCCGAUUCUGUUCUUAGAGAUUAAAAUAGAACAGAGCAUGUGUAAACACUCACGUGGAGUCAUUGCUAACCUACCCCUUUCUGUGGGAAAUAGGAGCCUAGCCCAAAGAAACACACCGUCCAGAAACCGUGACUGCAUCCAGGCUCAGUGUUCUGGGUUAUGCUGUGCUGUAUGGACAUAUCCUAUUUAUUUCAAUACUAGGGUUUUAUUACCUUUAAACUCUGCUCCAUACAAUUGUAUUAAUACAUGGAUAUUUUAUGUACAGAAGCAUAUCAUUUAAGGAGUUCACUUAUUGUACUCUUCGGCAAUUGCAAAGAAAAUCAGCAUAAUACAUUGCUUGUAAAAUGCUUAAUCUGUGCCUAAGUUUUGUGGUGACCAUUUGAAUUAAAAUGUAUUGAAACAUCAAAUAAAAGAAUCUGGCUAUU